AUGCCGGAAAAGACCUUCCACAAGGCUCAGACGAUCCGUGAGAAGGCAUCCGGAGUACCGUCGAUCGUCGAAGCCGUCCAGUUUCACGGAGUUCGCAUCACAAAAAACGAUGCUCUUCUUAAAGAGGUUGCCGAGUUUUUCUACUAAAAAAGUCCAAAAUGGAUUAACUUUAAGGUUUCCGAGUUGUACAGAAGUAGGAAUCUGGAUGAGUUGGUCCACAAUUCGCAUCUGGCGGCCCGCCACUUGCAAGAAGUCGGACUGAUGGACCACGCGGUCGCUCUCAUCGACACUGCUCCCAAUUCGAAAGAAGGAUACGUCGUCAACUUCCUCGUCCGUGAGCCGAAGUCCUUCACAGCCGGAGUUAAAGCGGGUGUCUCGACGAACGGAGACGCGGAUGUCAGUCUGAAUGCGGGGAAACAGAGCGUCGGAGGACGGGGCGAAGCCAUAAAUACACAAUACACGUACACUGUCAAGGUAAUUGUCAUCGUGAUUUGAACUAAAUGCAUUUUAUUCGCGCAGGGAGACCACUGCUUCAAUGUGUCCGCGAUGAAGCCGUUCCUAGGCUGGCAGAAGUACUCCAACAUCUCUGCCACUCUUUACCGAUCCCUCGCCAAUCUGCCCUGGAAUCAGUCGGACGUCGAUGAGAAUGCUGCCAUUCUCGCCUACAACGGUCAGCUCUGGAAUCAGAAACUGCUUCAUCAGCUCAAGUUGAACGCGGUGAGAUGAAAAUGUUUCGAUUUAAAAAAAAACAGAGGUCUUCAGAUCUGGCGAACACUGCGAGCAACUCGUGAUGCCGCGUUCUCGGUGCGCGAGCAGGCCGGACACACUCUCAAGUUCUCUCUGGAGAACGCCGUCGCCGUCGACACUCGGGACCGACCGAUUCUCGCGAGUCGAGGCAUACUUGGUAAGUGAACUGUCUCAUUUUGUGUUUGUCGCACAGAUUAUAACCCUCUGUUUGCUUUUAAACAUGACCAUUCCACAACUAUUCUAUCCUUUCCAGCCCGUUUCGCUCAAGAGUACGCGGGAGUGUUUGGUGAUGCUUCGUUCGUCAAGAAUACCGUCGACCUGCAGGUAUGAAACCGUCUUCCGUCCCCCUCAUCUUCCAGUUUCCUUCAGGCAGCAGCUCCACUUCCACUCGGAUUCAUUCUUGCCGCCUCAUUCCAAGCAAAGCACCUUAAAGGACUGGGAGAGCGGGAAGUGCACAUACUAGACAGGUGCUAUCUUGGAGGACAACAGGACGUUCGCGGGUUCGGUCUCAACACGAUCGGAGUAGGCGAAUUGCCAUCUCAUCACAACUAGUUUCCCUCAUUUUCAGGUGAAAGCAGACAACAGCUGUCUGGGAGGCGGAGCUUCGGUCGCCGGGGUAGUCCAUCUCUACCGUCCGCUGAUCCCUCCGAACAUGCUCUUUGCCCACGCUUUCCUCGCGUCCGGAAGUGUCGCUUCGGUUCACGCAAAGAACGUUGUGCAGCAGUUGCAGGACACUCAGAGAGUCUCCGCAGGAUUCGGUUAGUUCACAAUUCAUAAUACUCGAAUGGCUUUUUGCUAAUCCACACUCUGUUCUGUUCAAUUCGGUCUCUUUCCACAGUAAAUCAUCCUUCCAUUUCGUCAUCCGACUCCUGUCUGAACACGACUUUCGCAGGCGUUUUUAAAAUCGAUUGGGACAUAAACUUCGCAUUCACCGCUUUCCUCAUCUGAAAUCACCCGAUCCUCAUCUCUGCAGAAGACUUUUGCCCACCUCACAAAUGCUCUUCCCCACAUUUUCAGUAUCGAACGGAUUGAUACCGUUGAAGAAUAAAGUGGGCUUCGGCUGUGCGGCCAAUCUCUCCGCGUGCUAAAACUUGUCUUUUCACUCUCUGCGUCUCUCCAUCUCUCUCACUCUUUUCUGUCGCUCCAGUCUCAAUUCUCGAAGAACAGCGUUAGAUGGUUUCUGCGCUGACACCGGAGCGCUUUGUGCCACCACUGGUCCUAGACGCUUCACCGUUCUCGGAGUUUUCGGAGUUUUGGGGAUUGCCAAAGGUGUUGAAUAAACGGGAUUCGCUCUGUUCUCAUUCUCCCUCUGCGCUUGCCGCGCGGCAGCAUAAUGCGGGACUCUGAACGAACGAAACUCAGAGAGCCGUGUGCUUCAACAACUUACCCAGACAUGUUGGGAAUUUAGAAAUGGCUAUUCAUUCCUUAGAAGUUCACGGUGUCAGAAAUGUUGUCCAUUCAGUGUCAUGAUCAACGUCUCAUUUCCUCCACAAAUACUGAUCGGUUUUCAGGUCUCGCAUUCGUUUUCAAGAGCAUCUUCCGACUGGAACUCAACUACACCUACCCUCUGAAGUACGUCCUCGGCGACUCUCUGCUCCCUGGAUUCCACAUCGGAGCCGGCGUCAACUUCAUGUAG